GUGUUUAUUGUCUCACGAGUUUCGUCGCGCGUUAGCGCUUGAUAAAAGAUACGGCAGCAGUAUCAGUCGCUCUGCCGAGUAUAGUACACCUCCGCGCCUUGGCAACUCCAAGAGCAUGAACUAAUUGAAUCAAUUGAGUGAGUCCCUCCGCCUGUGCUGAUUGCGCUCGGGUCCGCGAGCGUGCUUCCAGUGUUGUGCUCAAUGUGAUAUUUGUGUGCCGUUAAAGUGCUUUGGAAUCAGUGAAAUCUCUAAAGAGUGAGGAGUUCAUAAUGUACAGAACCACCUGCACUUUUCUGACGUUGGCGGCCCUGUUGCAUUUCGAAGCGAUAGCAACAGACACCAGCGUAGAGAUACAAGAGCUGAACGGGCUGACACAGCCGAAGAGAUGUUCCUACGAAUACGCACACGGCUACUAUGGAGCCUCCUGCGCUAACUUGGAACUGGACGAUGUACCCAGCCUAAAAACGAGCAUUGAGGUCAUUGACUUCAGAGGAAACAGGAUAGGGCUACUAAAAAAGCAGUCAUUCGCCGAGUACACAGGACUAAUACUGCUCUACCUCCCCGAUAACUAUAUGUUCGGCAUCGAAGAAAACGCUCUCUCCACAUUAACCUCCUUAGUGAGCCUGGAUUUAUCAGGCAAUAGAAUCCAGACACUUCCAAACUCCAUUUUCCAGCUGCCCUCGUUAAAAAAACUACAGCUGAACGGUAAUCCGUUGAUGCAAAUGGAUGGGCAGUUCAAUGCUCUCUCUAGGCCUAUAAAAGCUCCAUUACAAUAUCUAGACAUGUCUGGUUGCUCUCUCUCAAAUAUAUGGAACUGGGGUAUCGUACCACAACUGACCUUUUACAAUAUUUCACACAACCCUUUGGCAGACUUGGACAGGACCCACUUCAUUGAUAUGUGUAAAUUGAUGAAGGUAGAUUUGACGAAGUCGGUUGACAGAGUGAGACUGUGUGACUUGAAGCCGACGAUUGCGUGGCUGAAACGGAAACGUGUGGACUACUUGCUUUUGGAUGACUCGCAUGUGAGGCUGGCGUCUUUAGAGUUCGCGUCGUGUCCAGAGAGCCCCAUCUCAGUUGAACUCAACCAGACACACAACUUGUGUCUGGCAGCUUACAGAGUGCCGGUCCCCGAGUCCCGACCCGCCCGUCGCACGUGGGCGAAGCUGUGCGGCGGCCUCGCGGGCUUCCUCGUCGGCUUCAUGCUGCUCCUCUACGUGUUCCACCGCUACAACGUGGCCAAGACCAAGCGGGCCAGUGAGAAGAAACCGCUGCCUAAGCAGGGCGAUAAGCGCGCUUCGGAGCUGCUUUUGAAUGAUGCGUCGUCCGCUUAGUUUGCCGUUCAGUCUUGUCAGGCUAUCGUGGCUAUAGUAGCAGUGACAGUAAGGUCGAUUCAAAAAAGCUGGUGCAAAUGAAAUGAAUGAGUUUUUUUAUGAGAUAGUAUGCAAACGAGCAAGGGCGGAUCCAGCUUAGGUCACGUGGUAAAUGUGUGUGCCCAGUUCAGGGGGUCACGUAGUCAAUUUGUAUGGCCAACCUAGGCUCCCGGGGGGGUUAUGACACCCCUCCCCCCCCUGGAUCCGCGCAUGCAAACGAGCAGAUGUAUCGCCAGAUGGUAAGCGAUCAACGCCGCCCAUAGACACCCGACAGUCCCGAUAUAUAUGUGGUGCCUUGCUGGCCUUUAAGAUGGCAAUAUGCUCUUUUCAUUUUUGAAGGUUUGAAUGAUGUAUUAGAUAUUUUGAUUUUGCACAAAAAGUUAAUCAUUCGAAUUGUUUUAGUACAUAAAGAUAUUGUAUGUAAUUAACUAAUUAUAUAUUGUUUCGACUAAUUUGUUAAAAUUUGUUUCUAAGCAAGAUAAUUAAUAUUAAGCACACCAUUUUCUUUACUAAAACAAAAUAUAAAAUGUCAACGUGCAAUACAAAACUAAGAACAUGUUGUAGUUUUAGGUAAGUGCCAUUACCAUUUAUUAUCAUACCGUUAUCACUAAUAAUUUAUAAGUAAUUUAAAUCUAAGGGCCUAAAGUAGAAGGCUUUCAAAGUCUGACUAGAGUAACAAGCAUUUAAUAGACGGAAAACAUUCAAAGUCUAAAUAAUUACUGCUUAUUUAACAUAUUUUCACCACACCAACUGUUAAAGAUCAAUUUUGCUAUUCGAAAACGGAUAGCAAAAUUGCAUUUUAUCCACAAGAGUGCAAAGUAAUUUCAUACAAAUUUUAACCUGAUGCCUUGAGCUGGC